GAUAGAUGUAAGAUCAGUAAAUCAAGUUGUAUUUCAUUAAAUUUGUAUUUGACCGAGUUUAGUAAUAGUCGUCGAAGUCGAUCGACGAUUAUUGUGAAAUGUUAUGAAAAGUGAAUGCUGAAGAAUACUUUAUAUGUUUACUUAUUAUCGUUUAAGUUAAUCUGGUACAACAGUAAAAGUAAUAGUUUUAUUUUAGCUGUUUACAAAGAUGACUGCGCUGUAUCUCGAUUAUUAUGACGGCAGUAAACUAUUUACGGGAUUUGCUAGUAAAAUUGGCUUGCCAUUGGAUCUUGUUAAUUUUUUGAUCGCACAAAUAGCUGCACUAUGUCUGGCCAGACUGUUUCGGAAACCAUUGAAGCUUGCUUCGCCAGAAUUUCGUCAUUCUGUGUGCCUUACUAUAGGUCUGAUAAUGGGAUAUUUUUGCUUUGGGAAGCAAUCAAUACAUUUAUCAGUUCUGGCUAUGCUAAGUUACUCAUUGUUGAAGACAAUGCCACAUCAUCUCGUUGGAAAUGCUAUUCUGGCGGCGUCGAUAUUUUAUCUGUCAUGUAUACACUUACAUCGACAGAUUUACUAUUCGGCUGACUACACACUGGACAUAACAGGGCCCUUAAUGGUAAUAACACAGAGAGUAACUUCCCUCGCCUACUCGCUACAAGACAACCUAACCCAGAAGGAAAUCAACUCGAACACGAAAAGUCCUGGCUCGUCACUCGCACAGAAAAUCGACAAGAUUCCGUCUCCUCUCGAGUACUUCGCCUUUACACUCGCCUUCCAAACAUUGAUGUGUGGGCCAGUAGUGUUCUAUACUGAUUACAUUAACUUCAUAGAAGGUGCUCGAAUUGACGAGAAGCUAAGCAAGUCUGCAAACGAACCGUCUCCUAGGAGAGCAGUAAUGUACAAGCUGAUGGGCUCCAUUGCGGCUGCGCUGUUGUACUUGACUUUGGCGAAGAAAUACCCAUUAGCGGUGCUCGAAGAGCUCACCGACCCCACAUCCGAGGUUUCCCGCUCAUGGUCGGCGCUGUACCUCCUCUGGUACGCGUACCUCUCGACCCUCGUGGUCCGCUGCAAGUAUUACCACGCGUGGCUGCUCUCUGAGGCCAUCUGUAAUAAUUGUGGGAUGGGCUUCAAUGGCUACGAGAGCGACGGCACGCCUAAAUGGGACAAGAUGUCUAACAUAGACGUCUUUGGUUUUGAGUUCGCCCAAAACUUCCGCACCGCCAUCGCAAGCUGGAACAAGAACACCAACGCGUGGCUGCGCUGCGUAGCGUACUCGCGCGGCGGCGCGGCGUGGCGCACGGCGCGCGUGUACGCGCUGUCGGCCGUGUGGCACGGCUUCCACCCCGGCUACUACCUCACCUUCCUCGCGGGCGGCGUGUUCACCGUGGCCGCUAGGAAGAUUCGAUCAGUGGCGCGCCCGUUGUUCAUGGGUAGCCGGCCGAAGAAACUAUUCUACGACUUGCUGACGUUCGUUACAACGCGUGUAGCGAUGACGUACGCAACCGUACCGUUCGUGCUGCUGUACCUGGCGCCGAGUUUGGCUUUCUAUGGGAAACUGUAUUAUUCCCUGCAUUUCAUUGCCCUUGGCGCACUGCUUAUUCCUGAACGACGAUCAUGCGCCUCUCCUGUCAACUCCGAGCUUUCACAAAAAUCUUCCAACUCCAGUAAAGAAACGCACGAACCUAAUGGAGAUACUAAUGGUAAACUAAAAAUAAAUUAAACGUACAAUUAUGGUGUCUAUUUUUAUAAAGGUAAAAUUAAAAACUGUAAAGUCUCCCAAUAUAGCUUCCAGUUUAUGAAAGUUGCUCUUAUUAAUGACUAAUGACGUAAUGACGUAUUUUAUUUUUAUUUAUUUUUAAGGUCAGGUAAGCGAAACAUCCGUUUACGUUGCCUAAAGUUGGGGAAACAAAUACAAUAUUAAAUUAUAAAUAUAAUCAUGUGGCACUUGUUUCACUUACCAAACCUGAGCUUAUUUGUUAAAUAAAGAUGCUGUAAGGCGAUGGCGCCGAAAUUUUUACCGUAGGUAAUAUCCUGUUAAAUAUUUUUGAUAAAAUUUUGGACUUUUUAGUUUUUAGUUUAAGUUUUUGUUUGUUUAUAACUAUGAUGACAGGACAUUUUUAUAUAUUUAUUCGAAGUAUUAAGUAAUAAGACGUUCGUUUUGACUCACAUAUUGCAUUUAUUAUUUUUAUCAUCAAAAGUAUGGUUUUGCUUUCAUUAUAAUUGUAUUGUACAGCCAGCAAGUCUAGAUAGUAUAUUUUAAUUUUUUCUUCUUUUGGCAUGUUUUGCUGUUGGCUUUUACUCCUUGGUGAGUUUAGCUCGGAGGAUACUGAUAGCGCCAAAAACGUGAAGAGUUAGACCAAGAUAAGUCUGCAACGAUUUUGAUAGCACACGCAGUGCAAGUGUUAUUUUAAACGUCAAACUUCUAUGAAAUUAUUACGUAUAAAUCGUUGCAGACUUACCUCGGUCUAACCAAAGUUUAUAAAACAAUACAGUCAAUCGACGUCUAGACAUCAGGGCAAUCGUGCGGGGGGCGAGGGGUCGGUCGCGCGCACCCGAGCUGCAUACAUCGCCAUUGUUGAGCUACUUACAGGGCUAGCGUGUCUUAAUGAUUGUCGCAUUAUUUUGUGUAGUUGUGUAUAAGUGUGACAACCCUACUGUGUUCUUGUGCGGUGUCGGCAUAUACGCAAACAUCAAAGGCGUCGGUCCACUGUUACUUUUUACACUGUGGUCUAACCAGGGACCGGACAACCCUUUCCGCGAUAAAACCCUUUCAAUGGGCGACACUUAAACACGGCUAACACAUUGAAAGACUUUCCCUUUAGAACUGCAAGCCCAUUCAUACCCCUACCUUUGACUAACCCUUACCGAAAAGCUAACCAAAAAUAAGGCUAGCCCUUAAUAAGGGUUACCCAUAUUUUUAAGCGCUUUUUAUAAAGGUUUCCCUUUGCGUGAAAGAGACAGGAUUAGUAUAUAUCUACGGUAGUGUAUGAAAAGGAAAGAAAAUACGUGCCUAGUCAAAGAACGCCGCCGUCGCCGCCGACGAUCGCUCGGAUUCGAAGUAAUGUGUGCUUUAUGAACAUGGUAGACGACUUAAAUUAGCACGCUUAUAUGCUAAAAGUGAAGCCCUUUAUAAGGCUAACCCUUAUAAGCAAUAUGCAAGGUGUUGGUGAGCGGAUGAUAAGGGUUUUGUAAGGGUAUUUGGGCUACCGAUUACUCAAAUGUGGUAGCUUUAUAUAAGGGUUUUUAAAAGCAAAACAAAGGGUUUCGUCUGGCAAAGGGUAUGGUGAGUUAAGCCUUAUGCAAUACCCUUAUAAAACCCCGAUAAGGGAUAGCGGGCCGGUCCCUGGGUCUAACUCUACCGCCUUAUUCAAAAUUUUACAAGCCUCAAUAAGUUAAUUUAUGUUUUAUUUUAUCUUUUCCUUACAAGUACAUAAGUAAAAAUGACAGAUUAAGGACAAACAAUUAAAUAGGUAAUUUGAGGCUUGUAGCGCGUUUAUGAAUAACGCCACUAGACUUUAUUCUGAAUGAGCGAUUAUACUUAUAGUUAGAAAAUAUUUACUUUUAUUACUCUAAAGAUUCACUGUUUGUAUUAGACAUUAGGCUAAGACAAACUCCUGCUUCUAAUUUGACUAAUGUUGAUUCGUAGUAAUUCGGGCUAUCCAAAGUAGUCGUUUUGGAUUGUCCACCGUACGUUGCCACAAAACAUUACGAUUGCGACGUAUAUCCCCACCUAGUUUGCCUGACAUACUCUGGAGAAUAUUUUUAGAAUUUACACCUCUUUGAUUUACUCUAACAACGUGUAUUUUUGGUUCUGUCGUAGCAUGUUUUUUUUUUCAUAGCUCUAUCUACCCUAAUAUCAAGCAUACUUAAUUCUUGUUAAUAUUGUUUCUCAUAAAACUCUUUUUUAUCGAGUCCACCACACAAUAUAACUUUUCUUCUUGUUACUCUUAAUUUAUAUUUCGCAUCACAUGUAGUGCUAAUAAUACCAUGCAUCCUAUAUUUGAACUUAGAGCGUGAGUUUCUCUUCUUUAAUUUUAUUAUUUGACUGCAUGUUAUUAUGUCGCAUCUUGUUGGCUAUGCUUUUCAUAUUAUUAACAUUCAACCAGUUACAGUAAAAUGUUCAAUUUAUUCAAUUAAAUACAAAAUAAUAUUAUUUAUACUGUAUCCUAGUAUAAUAUAAUAAAAACAAACAAAGGGUAGCUACAUUGUUAAAAAUAUGCAUGUUGAUAUUUUAUACAACAUUUAUUGUAAGUUUUAAUAUUUAGCCAGUAAUGUACCUAUAUCUAGGUUUUUUCUACUAUAUUUUAUCCAUACCUGUCAGGGGAUAUAGGUUGAUAUAAUAUAAAACCCCAUGGAAAUACAAUACUAAUAUUGUUUUCAUAUUCGUAUGAACUCAAUGUUUAAUUAAUCAUUUCUGAAUUCAAAAUACCUAAGUACUAAAUUUUACUAAAACAAAUCCAGUUCAUUGACUUGACUACUUGUGACUAUAAUAACUUAGUUUUGUAUCUAGUAUAAAUAAGAAUACCUACAUUAUAAAUUAAGUGAUUCAUUUAACUAAUUACGUCACAUCAUUAUAUUCCACCUGACAGGUUAGAUAUUUCAUAAAGUUGACCAUGGUGUUCCUAGUACACUCUUAGUUAUAGUGCGACAUAAAAUAGUAGGAAUUAAAUAAAAUGAAACAAAAAAAAUCCAUACUAAAUUUUUGCCAUGUUUAAAUCGGGAUUUACAUUACGAAAUUAGUGGCGUGAAAUUGAUUUCGUGACUGUGGUUUUACCAACAGUUUCACGUGUAAUUUAAUAGUUUCGUAAUGCAUGCAUUAAUUUCACGAAAGCAAAUCAAUUUCGUGCCCUGCACGAUUUUUUGGUGAAAUUAGGGUCAUGCAACCAAUUUCGUAGUGUAAAUGCGACGUGAAAAACUAGUGUCGCAAAAGUGCCUGCGCUGUGUGGACGUGUAGCUUCGAUGCUGAUGGGGCCGUGGUCACUGUGAUACUGUGAAUUUCACGACUAAUUAUUUCACAAAAUUACUUUCGCAUAUAUCGAAACUGCUUUCGUGAAACUGAUUUCAACAUGCAUGACACUAAUUUCGUAAUGUAAAUCCCGCUUAGGGGUCAUCCAUUA